AUGAGCAAUGGUGAGAAAGCACUCGAACAGGAAAUGCACCCAGCAGAUCUCAUCUCCAACAAUGCGCACGAUUCCCCGGGGUUCAACACAAUCCCAGAAUCAACUCAUCGAAUUCCCCAAAUAUCUGGCUGUUCCCAAUUAGGACUUGAAGAUUCGUAUGAAGUCUCUCAAAAGCAGAACGCCUCCUCCGUCUCCACAUCACUGGCCACCUGCUAUUGUUCAAGUAUGGUUCUAGAAACUUUGCAAAAGGUCAACAGGGGGGCUAUCGACAGAGAGACUAACCAAAUAUAUCAAGAUCUCAACAUUAAUAAGGAACUUAUGGAUCGCUUGUUGGUUGAGGUUGCAUGUUUCGCAUGCGGCCAUCAAGGCAAUCUCAUGAUGUUGAUUACAGCUACUUUCGAAGAAACUAUUGAUUCAUUUGAUCGCUCACUAAAGUAA